GCCUAUUGCCUUGGUACAGUGUUUUGUGAACAAAUUCUUGUCCAAGGUCUUCUUUGACGGCAAUGUAGAGCACCCUGUAUCAACCUAGUCUCUGACACAUCUUGUCCAUGUUUAAGUAGCCCUGUAGUGAAUUGUCAUGGUGUUUUCUUUUUCUUCACUGCGAUGGAGAGCCAUGCUCCUCACGCGGGUCAUCUUUUGUGUCAUCAAAAACUUUUGUUUCCCACACUUUGGCAAACAGAGUGGUCCAUUGCUGAAUCUGAACUUUGGAUUAACCUAACACCGUUUCUUUUUUCCUUUCAUACUCUUCUUUUUUUUUUUCCCUUACCCAAACUUCCAGUGAAAAAGGCACAAAACACGUUCAACAUGGCCACGCUACGCUCAUUGUCUAACCGUCUUGCACGUUUUGCCCUCUAUGAAUGUACUGCUGAUUUGUCUCAUUUGUCUCGUCAUGAGCAUGCAGCUUUGAAAAAGUUGGUGAAAGCAGGCAAAUACUUGGACCAACUGUACAUGCGACAAGCUUGGUCAGGCAACGAAGAACUCGGUAAAAAAUUACACAAACAAGGAAACCAAGAGUUGUGCACUUUAUUUGAAAUGUACAAAGGUCCUUGGGCACGCGAAGAUGACAACGUUGCUUUCAUUGAAGGUGUUCCCAAGCGUCCUGAGGGAGGCAAUUUAUACCCUGAAGAUAUGACAAAGAAAGAGUUUGAAGAGUGGGUCUCUGGUUUAUCCAAGGAAGAACAGCAGAAGGCAAAGAGCUAUUAUACGAUCAUCCGCAGGAAUAAGGAGGGUCAAUUGGAAGCUGUACCUUAUUCGGAAGCGUAUGCUGAUCUGUUAAAGCCUGCUGCUGAGCAUCUUCGUGAAGCAGCGGAAGCCUUAAAGAACAAGGAGAUCGGCCACGGUGAAGAAGGCACACGCAUCGAUCAGUUUCUUGUUUCUCGUGCCGAUGCUUUUGAUUCCAACGAAUACCUUGCGUCUGAAUUGGACUGGCUUCGACUUGGAAAGUUCAACACAUUGGAAGUCACCGUCGGCCCCUACGAGCAAUAUACCGAUGGCCUGUUUACAUUGAAGAGCGCUUACGAAUUCUAUAUCCAUGUGAGGGAUGAAAAAUCUUCUCAAUUGUUGGAGAAAUUCUCAGAUUUGCAGUUUGUAGAAGACCGUUUGCCCAUACCCGCGAAAUACCGCAAUGACAAUUUGGUGACUGCUCCUAUUGUCGUUGUCAAUCAGCUUUAUGCGGCGGGCGAUGUGGCUGUUCCUAUGACAGCAGCGUACAACCUCCCUAACGAUGAAGAAGCGAUCAAAAAAGGCGGCUCCAAGUUGGUAUUGAUCAAGAAUGUACAAGAAGGCAAAUUUGAGAAAGUGUUACGACCGAUUGCUGCGAAUGUUUUGGAAAAGGAGCAGCUUCAAUAUUUGACAAAGGAUGCUUUCACAACGCACGUCUUGUUACAUGAAGUAUGUCACAGCAACGGGCCACAUCAUACAUUGGAAGGGGACACAGUGCGCUCCAAAUUACAAGAAUAUCACUCUGCGCUUGAAGAAGCGAAAGCUGAUAUUGCUGCUUUAUUUGCUGCUGAUCUCAUGGUAGACCAUGGUACGAUUGACAAUGUGAGCCAAAAGGAAUUCUGGGUCACUUUCUUGGCCUCGGCGUUCCGAUCCAUUCGUUUCGGUAUUCAAGAGGCCCAUGGUUUAGGUCAAGCGAUCCAAUUGAACUACCUUAUUGAAAAAGGCGGAUUCCAAUGCGACGAGAAGAGCAAAUUAUACAGUGUGAACUUUGACAAGAUCCGAUCUGCAGUGUCCGAUCUCACGCAUGAUAUUUUGGUGCUGCAGGGCAACGGCAUUAAAGAAGACGUGGAUAAGUUUGUUAAAAAGUAUGGCCUACUCGACGCGAAUACAAAGGAGGCUCUGGAUCGUAUUGAUCAUGCGGGUAUUCCAGUGGAUAUUCGUCCCCGCUAUCCAUUAGCUGCUGAAGAAGAUUAAGCGGGGGAGAAGAAAAAAAUAAAAUAAAAUAAAAUAAAAUA